GACAUACAUCAACACCACACACACACACACACACAUGCUCCUACACCUGAAACAUUUGCAGGCUCGCAUCAGGCAUGGAUGAUGACUUCACUUUCCCCACUCUUCACGCAGGAGGCCAGCUCGUUCCAUCAGCGUUCCCCCCGCACCAGCUCGGCCUCGGCGGCUCCCCCUCGCGGUGGUUCCUCGCCACCGUUGCUGGGGAGGAGGAAGAAGAGGAGGAGGAGGAGGAGGAGAAGAUGGACAUGCUGUGGGAGGACUUCAACGAGGAGCUCGCCAGCGUGCCGCCGCUGUGCCCGCUGAGCCCUGUGAUCAACAAGGAACGGUUGGCGAUGAGCUGGCUCGACCUCGACGACGACGACAAGAUGGUCGUCGUCGAUCUGGAGAAGCACUGCAAGGGCAAACAUCCCCACCACCCACAGGACGGCAGGGUGGUCCGGCGCCGGAAGUGGAGCCUCAUGCUGAUGCUCAGGCUCCUCAAGAAGCUGUUCCUCGUCAACAAGUCCAGGAACCCGAGGACUGCGCCCAUCUGAUCUCAUCUGAUCUGAUCGUUCCAAGAAAUCAGUGGCGGAUGAGAUGAGUGACACAAAACAUAGUAGUGUGUGUGUGUGUGUGAUCGUACAAUGCUCUAUACAAGUUUUAAGUUCACUUGAUGUUUCUCUGUCAGAGUUUACUUGAUGUCCCUCUUC